AUAACAGUUUCUGCGAUGUGUUUCAUGGGUUUCAAGAGGUUUCCUCUGGACACUAGGAACUGCUCCUUAGAACUGGAAAGCUAUGCAGACAAUGAAAAUGAUUUGAUGCUACACUGGAAACAUGGAAACAAGUCUCUGAGCACAGAUGAGCACAUCUCCCUCUCCCUUUUCAUUAAAGAAUUCAGUGUUUCCAGUGGACUAGGUUUUUACAGCAGUACUGGUUGGUACAAUCAACUUUUUAUAAACUUUUUUGUGCUACAAUCCUAUUUCCCUGCCAUACUGAUGAUUAUGAUGUCUUGGGUUUCAUUUUGGAUUGACAGAAGAGACAUUGCUGUGAGGGUAUCACUUGGUAUAACUACAGUGCUGACAAUGUCAACCAUCAUUACAGGAGUAAGCGCCUCAAUGCCACAAGUGUCUUACAUAAACCUUUUUGUCUUCUUGUCUGUCAUCGAAUAUGUACCAGAGAACUAUCAUACAACUGAAGAGAGAAAGCAACUGAAAAAUGGGGGCCAGGCUUCAGGAAUGUAUAGUAUUGAUGCAGUGCAAGCAAUGGCUUUCGAUGGCUUCUUUCACGACACGGAUGUGGGCAUGGACCUGACUGCUUUCCCAGACCUCUGUGAAGAGAAUGAGACAUGGGCACAUGCAGACAGCGUCUCCAAUGUGAAAACAACUCACAUAAAGAGGAAGAGAUCUGUGAAGGGAAGUGUGAGCAGGAUUAUAUUACAGGACAAUCAUGUUAUUGAUACAUAUUCCAGGAUUAUAUUCCUCAGUGUGUAUACUGUGUUCAACUUUUUUUACUAGGGCUUGUCCGUAUGA